AUGGCGUCCUUGCCGCGCAUUGCCGCAGUCAUAAGUUCUGCAACAACUCGAUGUUUUGCCUUCGUCUUCUUGAGAUGGAUACCUGGCCAUCCAUUUGUACCAAUUGUCAUCACCUCGCUUGCAGUGUAUCUUUCAUCGCUGUACACUUUGCUUAGAAAUGAUCAGCCUGGUGAAGAUCGCCCGAGGAAGAACCGCAAGCGUACUGCCAAAUAUACCAAAAGCUCAAACACCGACCAGGCUGGUGAUUCUGCGCUGAAAACUUUAUUGACGGGACUCCCUUACAAAAGAUCGCCGCUGUGGACCUGGACGACCGCAAUGGUCAAUGUCAUAGCGGCGUUGCUAACUCUUGACUUUUUGCUUCGCGCGAUUGUAUUCUACCCCAGUUCUGAUGUCUCAUUCUCACGUAUUGGUUAUGUCUCCCCGACUACGGCCAAUCUACUUUUCCGUGAGCCCGAUUUGGCUCAACUUCCAGUGAUUGUUUCAUACCAGGAGGCCUCGACACCAGCCUCACAGAAAUGGAUCCAAGAAGGUACCGUCUACAAGCUGGACAACAGUACUGAUUAUACAACCAUGGUCACCUUGAAAAAUUUGAAGCCGGCAACAAAUUACCGAUAUUCUUUAUCCAACAACAAGACUGGCGCUUUUGUGACAGCCCCACGACCUGGAACAAGCGCCGCAAACCGACUCUCUUUCGUCACAUCAAGUUGCUUGAAGCCAAACUUUCCCUACAACAUUUUAUCUCAUCCAUUGAGAGUCCCAGGGAUUGAGCAAAUGACGGAGGCGCUUGGGAGGCUUCCAAAAUUUCUUAAACCUACAUUCAUGCUUUUCCUUGGAGAUUUCAUCUACAUCGACGUCCCUUUCCGCUUAGGCUCUUCUAUGGAACAUUAUCGCAGUGAAUACCGACGGAUAUAUUCAUCCCCAUCCUGGGCUUCCAGCUCAAGCGAUGGGCCAGCCUUUGAUUUGCCAUGGAUCCACACACUAGAUGACCAUGAGAUCGAAAACGACUGGUCUCACGGUAACAAGACAGCACCAUAUCCGGCCGCAUCCGACCCAUUUCUGCACUAUCAUGUUGCAGCCAACCCACCGGUCCCAGCGAAGCCUUUCGCUCACCCUAACGACGUCACGUAUUUCUCAUUUGUCAAUGGACCGGCCUCGUUCUUCAUGCUAGAUACCCGAACCUACCGUUCUGAGCCAGCACAGGAGAACUCCACAAUCCUGGGUUAUGCUCAACGAGAAUCACUGCUGGCAUAUCUCGCUAAACCUGAACCAGCUGAUGUACACUGGAAGAUCAUCUCUUCCAGUGUUCCUUUCACCAAGAACUGGCAUGUCGGGACAACCGAUACCUGGGGCGGUUUUCUAAACGAGCGUCGUACCAUUUUUGAAGCAAUGUGGCGUUCAGAGCGCGAGCUUGGCGUUCGUAUCAUCCUCUUAAGUGGUGACCGUCAUGAGUUUGGCGCAACCCGAUUCCCAGAUCCAACUCUCAACCUGGAUAAUACAGAGCUUCGACCUAACACGGAAGGUCAUGGUCUGCACGAAUUUAGUGUUGGUCCCCUCAGUAUGUUCUAUCUGCCCAUUCGGACAUACCGUCAAAAGGAUGAUGAGGACGUGGCGGUGAAGUACGUCCCAGACGGAAACAGCAAGUUUGGCUUCAUUGAAAUCUCCGACGGUGUUGACGAGGCCGAUUCGACUGCAUCUGCCCCAGUCCUCAUUCGAAGCUCUAUGCUCACCUAUUCAUUAUAUGUGGAUGGCGAUGUCGUUUGGAAGUACCGGCUUAGUGUGCCUUUAGAUCCCGCAGCUGGCACCCGUGCGGCAUCAGGCUCAGAGGAGGUUACUCACCUACCCCCCGGUCGAGUCCUUGAGGAUAGUCUGUUCGACAAUGGCUGGGAUGUCAUUUUCAAGACUGUAGUGGGUCGAACGGAGGAGAUUGUGCGCUGGGCCGUCGACACAGCCAGUGAAUAUUACUAUGAAAGGAUGGUAAAAUUGCAGAAAACAUAA